AUGCGUCAUUCAACGGAGCUACCGGCUGGUGCGUAUAUCCAGGAUCGGGGCUCUGGUGAGGAGAUUGAGAAGGUAGAUGCUGCGAAGGGUACUGAGCGGGGGGGUAUUGAGAAGGAGGAUGAUGAUAAGGAUGUUGCUGAUGCUGAGCAGGAGGAUGCUGAGGCGAAACAGGUUGAGAAGCGGGAUACUGAGAUGGAAGAGGUCGGGAAGCAGUAUACUGAGAAGCGGGAUACUGGGAAGGAGAAUACUGUGAAGUGGGAGACUGAGGAGGAAGAGAUUGAUAAGGAUGCUGCUGAUGCUGAGGCUGAGGAGGAGGGUACUGAGAAGAAGGAUACUGAGAAGGAGGAUACUGAGAAGGAGGAUACUGAGAAGGAGGAUACUGAGACGGAAGAGGUUGAGACAGAUGGUACUGAGAAGGUGGAUGUUGCCCACCAGUGUCGUAGGGAGACGGAACAGCAGUGA